CAUUCCAUACCUUGUCUUACGAAUAAUUGACUUGUGAACCAGGCCUCAAAGGACAAUCUAAGUGAGCAGCAAAUAAAUAAUGGAGAAUCUUUUUCCAUCACACACCUUGAUCGCGUUGCGAUUUGACGUGUUUUUGUUUGUUGUGUGUUGUGUGCAUGAUGGGCAAAAAUUGUAUUGAUGAUCUUGUGAGAAGAAAUGUUUUCAAUAGUGAUCUAAAAGGUGUCGAUCUCUUCUAUAAAACUUGGCGCUCCUUGUUUCUUGAGAUUUUCGCCUUUUCCGUGAUGAGAGAAGUUCCCUGGGAACAAGGGUGCCUUGCGUUGAAGCAAGUUGGUCAUCAACUGUUGUGAGAUUAAACUCUAAGCUUAUCGGUUUGGACUCCCUGUGGACAUCGAAAUCUUCGAAAUAACAUGUUUUUAUUUUACGUGAUUCAAGUACAGCGAUUGGUGGCAGUGUUUAUGUUUAGAAGUUGCGGCUAUGCGUCAUAGAAAAUCUUAUCAAGUGUCAUAGUAGUGCUGCGACAUAUAUAAAGAAAUAAAAUUAUUACGCACACCAUUUUUUUUAAAAUUAGAAUAUGAAUUGCUUAUGUCUUACACGCUGAUACAUAAUAUACUCUUGGGGUCAUAUAAUAUUUGAAUAUGAGGGUUACAGUGUCCUUCGGCGAAGCUAGAGUUAUCGUCCCUUGUGGUGAUGGCGAACUUACUGUGUUGGAAUUAACAAAUAGAGCUAUAAGUAGAUAUCGCAAAGCACAGAAGGGUUCAGGAAAAGUCCGUGUGGAUUGUCUGAAAACAAAAGAAGAACAUGCUAUUCUCGAUAUUGAUGACUUGGUUGUGGAUGUAUGUGAUGACAAAGACAUGCUGGAUUAUAGAGAAGUACAUAGUUGGAUUGACAUUGUGGAUGAGAUGAGGGAUGGUAAUUUAACUGAUGUCUUUGUGAGUGUGCCAUCUUCACCCGGCAAAGGCUAUAAUGUUUUAGUUUCGCCUAUAAAAAUUGCGCAUGAAUGGGGAUCGCUAAUAGCGGUGUAUGAUGAAACAAACCCAAAACCCAGCAAACAUGAUCGAUCAGAUAUUGACAAUAACAAUAUCGCAUCCACACCUGUUGAUGCAUACUGCAGCAAGCAGGAGGAAGAUACUAACAUUAUCUUAGCACUUUCCGAUAACGAUUCAGGCGUUGCUGCUGACUCUUACGGUAUAUCAUCAAACCAGACUAGUACACACACAUCUUUGAAUUCUUCUUCACGGCCACCACGAGGAAUUCAGCGAAAAUUUCCACAAAAUAAAAAUGCUUCCUUCAGAUCGUCAGUGUCAUCAAACUCUCCCGCAUCUAGUCCUGAAUUAGCCAAACGAGCCUUAAAACCAGUUUUUAGUCGUGAUUUGAAUCGAAAAUCUCUAUCAACAAAUCACCCUAUGUUAUAUUCUUGGAUUGAUCAACAAGACAAAUUUAAUUCUGGAUAUAGGGUUUCACAAGAACAAAGUGAUGAAAAUGAUUCUGAGAAAUCGAAUGAAGAAAUCGAAUUAGAUAAACAUGCUUUAAAAAGUGUUGAUAUAAAACCAUACACAACUGCAGAUGGUCGCGAAAUUGGUUUGGUGGUUCAUCAUGUAAUCGAAGGGAGUUAUGUUGAUCGUACUGGUGAAUUACAAACUGCUGACCGAAUAACUGAAAUUAAUGGUAUUCAAUUAGACAGUCUCAGUAAUGCUGCAGUGCAAGAUAUUUUUGAGGAAGCACUCAUAUCUGACAUUAUUAAAAUAAAGCGUACACGUUCACAUAUGUUUUUAAAAGAUCAAAUUAAAUUAGACCACAUACCUCAACAAGAAGUUCCGAAGGAAGUUUUACAAAUGAGUAAAGAAGCACCCAGGGUGUUACCAGUUAUGCCAAAUAGUGAGCCCAAGGAAGCUGCUAUAGAAGCACCAUCCACAGAGUUAAAAAAUGAAGAUACUGGAACGAAUAAGAAGAUUUAUUUUCAUGUGAAUUUACUGAAAGGUAAAGAUGGACUGGGUUUUAGCAUUACUAGUAGAGAUGUUGCAACUACUGAAUCUAGAAUGUUCUUUGUCAAAAAUGUUUUACACAAAGGAGCAGCAAUUGUUGAUGGCAGAAUCAAAGCCGGCGAUGAACUUAUGAAAGUAAACAAUGUACUGGUGAAUGACAAAAAUCAAGCACAAGUUGUUCAGCUGUUGAGACAAGCACAAGGCAUGGUUGUUCUACAGUUAGCAAGACCUAGAAAUUCUACUACUGAAGAGGAUGCAUCAAUCAGCUUAGAAAGAAACGAAGAAACAAUAUCCAGUCACCAGGAAAGUAUAUCACCACAGAAUGAAGAUAUACUAACAUUAACCAUACCCCUUACUAGUCAAGGAUCAGCAGGACUUGGCAUCAGCGUCAAGGGAAAACGUAGCGGGGAACAAGACGAUGACCAAGGCAUAUAUGUUAAGUCUGUCAUUAAAGGAGGUGCUGCUGCUAAGGAUGGACGCAUAAUUGUCAACGAUCAACUGCUGUGCAUUAAUGAUACGUCAUUGAUUGGCUUAAGUAAUAACGACGCAAUGAAUGUUCUUCGAGCAUCAAUGGAGAAGUCCAUAGCACUUGGAGCUAUUCGUAUUAUCAUUGGUAGAUCACAAAGUGCUCCAAAAGAUUCUCGACCAAGUAGUGGCAGUUUUAGCAGUGGUGCUCCAAGUCCCUUUCGUGGCCCUAGUCCGAUCUUACAUGGAGGUGUCAAAAUGUUACAUGGACAUAGUCCUAUGACUAAAAGAAGAAGCUAUUCUGAGCAAGAUGUAGAAAGAGAAUUCGAUGAAAAAUAUUUAAAAAAGCAUUACUCUCCAAAUCGACAUAAUAUAAAUCGAAAUAAGUCUUAUUUUAAAGCUGUCUCACCUCGGCCUGAACAUAAUGGUGGAGACUCUGAAAGUGAAAAUCCAUCGCCGCGUUCAGUGUCUGUCUCCUCUGGCGAAAUACCGAUAAUACAAAAAUCUACACCUGUUUAUAUUGAAUCGGGAAAUAAUCGUUAUAACGUGGACGUUCGCAGCUCGAUGAACGAAAAACACAGAAUUCUACCGUCUUACGAGGAAGCUUUGCAUCGUAGGGACACGAACAGUUCGAAUUCUUCGCAAUCGAGUCGAACUGAAACGGUAAAAAGCGACUCGACGAAAUUCAAGUUACUUCCAGAUAAAACUUCGAUUCCCAAAGAAGAGAAAUUAUUGAGUAGUCAUUUCGAAAAAUCACUCUCACUAGACUCGCGGACUCAUGGUAGUAUGAACGACUUAAAAGAUCCUGAGCACGAGUUAUAUAAGUCAAUGUCGAUAGCCUCGCAGUCCUCACUUGACUCGAUACUUGUGGGACCCAACCAAAUACCCUUUAGUCGGCACGCCUUUGGACGAUCAUCCAUCUCUGAAAGAAAAGGAAGAGCUCAUAUUGAUGCAACAAAGAGUGAUUUUUAUAAUAAACUAAAGAAAUUUAAAAGUAUGGAAGAACUAAGAGGAUCAAAGAUGUUAGAUGACGAGGAUAUUGUGAUGGCUGAAGAUAACCAGAUGGUUAGUAACAGGAGAAGCGAGUCUAUCGAUACACUGAUUAGUAAAAUUGACGAAGAGGAGCGCUCGCCGUUCUAUAGAGGGACAGUUUUUAGUUCAAGUACGCCUUGGUCUACCACAUACACAGAAGGGGAAGGAAAACUAAGAGCUGGGCUCGAAGAGGGGACAAAUUGUAAUUCGAUUGAUACAAACGAUAAACCUCCAGCCGGUGUAAAACUGAGGCCCAAAAGUAAUUAUAGCAACAUAAAAUCAAGACCAUAUUCUUGCAUUUUGGACGAUGCAAGAAAGCGAAACAACGCGCUGAAUACCAGUUUCAAAACAGCCAUUGAUCGGCCGAUGAACGAAGAUCAACAAACGUAUAACGAAAAGAAAAAGAAAGGAUUUUUGAAGGGAAUCUCUACCUUGCUAAAAAAAAACAAAAAGCAGAGGGAAGAUCGUGGUCAAUCACCCGAAUAUCUUAAUCCAACCAAUUCUACAAACAACGAGAUGUUUACUGACUCCUUAAAGCCUGGGACGAAUAAAAACAAAAAUAAACGGCCUGUAAGUGUGGCCGGAAAUUUAAUGGUAAACAAGACGGCCGACAAGAGUUUAAAAUAUUUCCAAGCGGAUCAACUGCAAAAGGAGUUAGUUCAAGCGAAGAUGGAGGAGAUGGACAAACGAAAAAAACGAAAAAGCCACCUUGGUGUUACGACGAAAGAAAAAGAGCAAGGAGAAACGCAAGUUGCUCCCCACAAAUCGAGUUAUCAAUCGUGGGAGGCGCACGACGCGGCGAACAUGCGCGAGAAAAGCAAACAGUUAUUUAACGAGGAUGAAAUUCGAACUUCGAAAAGAAGUAUUCAGUUACAACGACAAAGUUCGUUACCUCCUCGUAAUAAAAAAGACAGUGUGGAUCAGCGAAUGUUACCGAAAAUGCCAUCCGGCCCUAUGUAUAAAUCCCCCGAGACUUCACCGAAAAACAAACACGAUCAUACUCGCGGAAGUAAUUCCGCGCCGAACUCAAAACCAAGUACACCCGUACGAAAAGUUCCUAAAUCAGCGUUUGACAGUCUACCUCGAAAAAAGCAAAUCAAAAAGGACUCCUCUCAACAUACGUUAGGAUCUAGACAGCAUGCGAACAGUUCAACCAUGUAUUCAAGCAUUUCAGAUCUGACUAGAAAAGGGGGUAGUGUGUCUAUAUCACACAAAGCUGAUAUCUAAGAAGCAAUAUUUUUUUUCAACUGUAUCUUAGAUAGAAUAUUUGCUUAUUUUACAUUGCGGCUUGGUGCUUAGUAUGAUUUUAUGGAAAUGGAAGAAAAUGUUUUCUCUUAA